GGAACCCUUGACUCAAAUACGGAGAAAAAUGGACAUUUCCACCUUAUCGCUCAUCUUCUACGUUCCAGGUCUGGCUGGAUCUAUCGGAGCCUCUGAAUCAUUUUGAGACGGAGAGGCGUGAUCUUCUCAUCCUCUGAGAGAACCCGAGAGGAGCCGAGAAAGUGCAAUCCUUUUCAAUUUUGUCUCGGACUGUGCUUUCUACUUCCCGUACCAUCUUGACUAGAAUCAUAUUCUUGUUUCACUUUUAGGGUAUUAGACAAGCUUGUCUUUGAACCAUUGGGCAUGACGGACCAGAUUCUUAACGAGCAGCCGAGCAGCGGCCCCAAUGGACAUGCUAAGAAACGUAUCUGUAUCGUCGGUGGAGGUGCGAACGCUUUGGGAACACUCAAAGUGCUCGCGGACACACCUCAGGUAAAGUCUGGUUUCUGGACAAUAGUCGCGUAUGAGGAAAGGGACAGCAUUGGCGGUAUAUGGUAUCCUGCCCCGCCUACUACGGACCCACCCAAAACGCCCCUAUACGACUCUCUCCAUACCAAUAUACCUCAUCCUUCCAUGUGCUUCCCUUCCUAUUCCUUCCCACCCUCAACACCACUUUUUCCGACUGCUCCUGUCGUCCUACGUUACCUCGAGUCUUACGCCACACACUUCUCGCUCCAUCAAUACAUCCGUCUCAACACCCACGUCACCUCCACUUUCUGGGACUCUGCAGCCCAACUCUGGCGGGUAAAGUUGAGCACAGGAGUAGAGGAGAGUUACGAAUUUCUGGUGGCAGCGAAUGGGCAUUACAGGGAUCCAAAGUAUCCCGAUACGAAGGGGCUAGGAGCGUGGAUCGAGAAGGGAAAGGCGAAACACUCGGUCUAUUACCGCAACCCGGCAGCGUACGCAGGUUCGAAAAAGAUUGUCAUCGUAGGCGGAGGGCCUAGUGCUAUCGACCUCGUCACCGACAUCCGGUACUCCUGCCCCGGUAUUCAAGUCGUCGUGCAAUCUAUCGCGGGCGCUCAGGGUCCAGGUUUUUGGAACUAUGCUCCCGACGCCCCAGAUCAUAGAAAGAAAGGAAAAGUAGAGCGUUAUGGCGACUUGGAAACUGGAGAGGUUGUUUUCGAGGACGGGACGGUUGAGACCGGAGUGGAUUUCGUCUUUGUGGCGACGGGGUAUAACAUCACGUUCCCAUUUUUGAGGGAGCAGUUACCUCAGGCCGAAUCUCCCUCUCCCGCCUCGAUCACCAUCGCGUCUCCCAAUCCACCAUUGGAGACACCUCUCUUCAACUCAACCCGCCAUGUUUUCCCACUUGCAAGACAUCUCUUCCCUCUGAACGCUUCGUUCCCGCCACAUGUCAUAGCCUUCCCCGGUCUUCCACACCGAAUCGCACCCUUCCCCAUAUUCGAAGACCAGGCGCGGGCCAUCGUACGUGUCAUCGCCGACGGCCCCUCCGCCAUCUCGAUCCCAGACGAGAAAGCUCUCCUUGUCUCCCGGCUUAAGCGCGUCGCUCAACUGGCAAACGAGCCUGAUCCCGCGGCCGCGUCUGACUCAGAGGACCAAGAGCUUCCUGACCCGUUCAGCGAACCCAUCUCUCACCUCUGGUUCCGAUUUGGCCAGCACGAAACGUUCGACUAUCGGAAAGAGCUUCGUGUAUUUGCUGAACCCUCUAGUACCUGGGAACCUUACUCUUGGGAACUCGAGCUCUGGGAUCGUCGUGAUUCUAUAAGAGCGGAGUGGAAGGAAUUGGUGAAGCAGGGUGAGGCGGAUAAGUGGGUUGAGGGGGUUGGAGAGAAGGGAGGAGAGGAAGGGAUGUUGGAGUGGGUCGAGGUUUGUAGGAAGUUGAUAAAGAGGUAUGAUGGGCGGGUGGGUAAGGAAGAGACAAAGGUCGCGGAGGCGGAGUAGGAGAUUGGCUAGCACUGAACAGAAUGCGGAGGGGCGAUUUAUGAAUUAGAUUGUUAGAGGUGUAGAAAUAGUGUACGCUGUAUCAAUCACUAGACUAAGCCGCAUGGUCGUGCUUGCGAAGGAGUAUGUCCACUCAGACCACCACACCCGUAGACUUGACGAA